UUAUUUAAUUGUCGUACGUUUGUUUUUGAGAUUAUAUAUUUAAAGCUUUUUUCUUCCCGCUUUCUGGGUCUUCCGGUGGGCGGCUCCGUUCCCUGAAGGGGCGGAGCCUCGGCCGCUCUUUAAGCGGGCCGGCUCCCGCUCCGGACCGCUGUUGGAGGAGCGGAACUAUGUGGCUGCUGGCGGUUCUGGUUCCGCUGCUGCGGCUGUACCUGUGCGGGCUGAGGGUCCUCUGGUACCAGAUGAUCCAUCGCUCCUUCACGCUGCCAGUCCUGCCGAAGCAGAAGGGGAGGGUCGGCAUGGUGACGGGGGGGACCAGAGGCAUGGGCUUUGAGACGGCCAGAGCAUUGGCACACCUGGGCAUGCAUGUGAUCAUAGCUGGAAACGAGAGAGAAGAGGGGGCGGCGGCCGUCAGGAGGAUCAAUGCUGAGGGCGCUCAAGGAAAAGCUGAGUUCAUGUUCGUGGACCUGACCUCCUUGGCGUCGGUGAGACAUUUUGCGCAGUCCUUCAGGGACAGAGGUCUUCCUCUCCACGUGCUGGUCAAUAACGCCGGAACCAUGCUGGUUCCUGAGAGACGGACCGAGGACGGCUUUGAGUUCCACUGGAGUCUGAACUACCUCAGCCACUUCCUGCUGACCAACCUGCUGCUGGACCUGCUGCAGAAGUCGGGGAGGCGGGGCUUCUGCUCCAGGAUCAUCAACAUGUCGUCGGCCACGCACUACGCCGGGGAGAUCCACCUGGACGACCUGAACCGCAGGAUCUGCUACAGUUCUCAUGGAGCCUACGCCCAGAGCAAGCUGGCUCUGGUCCUCUUCACCUACUACCUGCAGGAGCAGCUCAGCACCGGCGGCUUCCCCGUCACCGUCAACGCCGUGGACCCCGGCAUGGUGGACACGGCGCUCUACGAUAACCUGUGGACCCUGGCGCAGGUGCUGAAGAGGCUGGUAGCUAAGAUUCUGUUCAGGACUCCAGCAGAGGGCGCCUCCAUCUCUGUCUACGCCGCCGCAGCUGCAGAGCUGGAGGGCGUGGGCAGCUGCUACCUGUACAAUGGUCUGAAGACCCGGUCCUCAGAGCUCUCCUACGACUCCGAGCUGCAGGAGCAGCUGUGGAAGAAGAGCUGCCAGCUGGUGGGGCUGCAGGGACCUCGGGGGCGAGGGGGACCCGCCCCUGAUGCUUCAUGAACGCCUUUGAGUUUUAGAAACGUCAACAAGAACGAUGGAGAAGUCAAAGCAGACACGCUUAGUGGUUCCUCACAUCCUGACCUGUGCUGACUGGGGUCGUAAAC